CCUUCUUCCUAUGUAAUACUUGAAGACUAGAGGCUCACCACGCACCUGUCAACAGACAGGAGGUCUGUGACUUUCCGAUCUCGAUAUAGUCUCUACAACCUUAAUCACUUAAACCAUGAAUAUCAGAAAAAUCAGAGAUCUUGUAUAGUUAUUUUUUUUCCCCAAUUUCUAACCUUUGUUUCCUUAUUCUUCUGUUAGAAGUCGAGUUCUUUUUCCUCAAUUCUGUUCUUAAAAAAACCAUAGAACCCAAUUCGGGAGUUGGGUCUUCCACAAGGAACCAUCUCUGAUCUGGGUUUUACUCAGAAAGUAGGCUGCAAAAAUGGGUGGUUGUUUUAGCAAGAAAAAGGUUUCAGAACCAGAGGGCAAUGGGUACAGAUCUGGAAGAGGUGGCAAUCCAGGGCAUCAACAAAGUUACCAACAACAACCUCUUGUUCACCAAAGUUAUCAAAAACCAUCAACGCAGUACACCUCGCCCCAACCACAAAGUCACCACCAGCCACCACCACAGCUACACCCAGUUCCUACUCCAUUGAAGCCUGCAGCACCCCAAAACCACCCGAGGCCUGUUCAUAGGUCAGAGCCAAACACCAUACUUGGUAGGCCAUUUGAUGACAUAAGAUCAGUCUAUACCCUUGGCCAAGAACUGGGUAGGGGUCAGUUUGGGGUAACUUAUCUUUGUACUGAGAAUUCAACUGGCAAGUCUUAUGCUUGCAAGUCAAUCCUGAAGAGAAAGCUAGUGAGUAAAAAGGAUAGAGAAGAUAUAAAGAGAGAGAUUCUGAUCAUGCAGCAUUUAAGUGGGCAGCCAAAUAUUGUGGAAUUUAAGGGUGCUUAUGAGGAUAGGCAAUCAGUGCACCUUGUGAUGGAGCUUUGUGCUGGUGGAGAGUUAUUUGAAAGGAUUAUUGAUACUGGCCAGUAUUCUGAGAGGGCUGCUGCUGAGAUUUGUAGGCAAAUUGUGAAAGUUGUGCAUAUUUGCCAUUUUAUGGGGGUGAUGCACAGGGAUCUGAAGCCUGAAAAUUUCUUGCUAUCUAGCAAAGGUGAAGGGGCAAUGUUAAAGGCAACCGAUUUUGGGCUCUCUGUCUUCAUAGAAGAUGACAAGUUGUACCAUGACAUAGUUGGCAGUGCUUACUAUGUUGCACCUGAAGUACUGCGUCGUAGAUAUGGAAAGGAAAUAGAUAUUUGGAGUGCAGGAGUUAUUUUGUAUAUUCUGCUCAGCGGUGUACCUCCAUUUUGGGCUGAAACUGAUAAGGGGAUAUUUGAUGCCAUACUGCAAGGAGAUAUUGACUUUGAGAGCAAACCUUGGCCAUCGAUAUCAGAUAGUGCCAAAGACCUUGUUCGAAAGAUGCUGACACAGGACCCAAAAAAUAGAAUUACUUCUGUGCAAGUUCUUGAGCACCCCUGGAUAAGAGAAGGUGGAGAAGCAUCAAACAAGCCAAUAGAUAGUGCAGUGCUCUCUAGAAUGAAGCAAUUCAGGGCAAUGAACAAGCUCAAGAAACUUGCAUUAAAGGUUAUUGCACAAAAUCUGUCUGAAGAAGAAAUCAAAGGUCUUAAAGCAACGUUCACAAGCAUGGACACUGACAGCAGCGGCACCAUCACCUACGAAGAAUUAAAGACAGGAUUAGCUCGCCUUGGGUCAAAGCUGUCAGAAUAUGAAGUCAAACAACUCAUGGAAGCUGCUGAUGUUGAUGGAAGUGGAACAAUUGACUACAUUGAAUUUAUUACUGCUACAAUGCAUAGACACAAACUCGAAAGAGAUGAGCAUCUGUAUAAAGCAUUUCAGUAUUUUGACAAGGAUAACAGCGGCUUUAUUUCGAAAGAUGAACUGAAAUCUGCUAUGAAGGAGUAUGGAAUGGGUGAUGAAGCAACAAUUAGGGAAAUAAUUACAGAGGUGGAUACAGAUAAUGAUGGGAAUAUCGACUAUGAGGAGUUUUGUGCAAUGAUGAGAGGUGGAAUUACUCAGCCGGGAAAGCUGUUUUAAAUAUAUUGAAGCACUAAUUGCUUACAAGCAGGACAAGCAGGACAAGCAGGAGGAUUUUACUACUCACUUCUGCUAAAGCAAUUAAACUGUAUGUACAAGAUAAAAAGCAAUCUUGACUAGCCAAGAGUCGUGAGGUACACCGUUGCUAUGGGGGAGCGUAUUAGAGUGUUCUUUUCUGAAACCAAACAAUCAAAAUGCAAUUUUUGUGCAUAUUUAGUUCAUAGCUUUCAUUAUCACAUUAUGUGAUAUGCUUUUUGUGUUUUUGUAUUCACCCUAACAUGAUAUUAAUGGGAUCUCUUUCAGGAAGAUUGUAUUCUAUUGUGGUUGGAGAAAGGUUUUUUGGGGAUUAGGAUGCUGAUGUUUCGAACUCACAAUAGUGUGCAGGGUUGUAAAUCAGUUAGAACUCAUGGUUAUGUUAAAGUAUAAAUAUUUAAGUUA